UUGCAGCUUCAAACCAAAAAAUUCAAAUAUUGUUUUCGAUUAGCCCGCCAUUUCUGAAUCACAGAAACCAAAAACGUGAUUUCGAAAAUGGAAGCAUUUCCAUGUCCGCUCGAACUCACAGUUGCUUCGGCUCUUCUCCUUCUCUCCACCACUCCUCCUCCUCUGUCUCCUCCUGACAGUGUGAAGAAGAUCAGUAUUUCAGAGAGCUUGGGAUUCAGUGAUUCGAAAUCGUGUUCAUCGUCUGUAAUCUGCGACGAUGGCUCAUCUGAGGAGACUCGAUCGCAUCGGAUUAGGUUUGUCGCUGUUGUAUCUCGUUUUCACGAGAUGAAGCUCAAGCAUGUAGUUCGGAAGAGUCGAUCGAAGAACUUUAGAAGCUCCGGUCACUUGAAAAUCUUGUCCGGCAAGGCAGCGAAGGUGCCGUCGAGAUCUGCAUCGGAGACGACUGAGGCUUCUUCGAGUCUGUCCAGUAGUGGCUCUAGUGUAAUUUCCAGCGCGCGAACCUGCAACAAUGUCACCCGAAUGGGGAAGAGAGAGGCUUUGGCUUGUGAUCUGAAGAGGAAGCAAAUCGGCUCGGCUCUCUUGCACCACCGAGCCGAAGCCAUCUUGAAGGUCUUGUCUGAUGGUUGUGCUUCUGAAUUGAAGAUUCGUCAAUUGCUCGGUGACAGCCCAGACACCAGUAAAGCGUUGAGAAUGUUGCUAAAGUUGGAUGAGGUCAAGAGGUCGGGCGCAGGAGGCCGUAACGACCCCUAUAUUUACAAGGUAACACAAAUCACAAUUUUGUACUCAAUUUUAUUCAAUGCCAUGCAUAUUUAUUUAAAUGAAAAAUAUAAUUGCAAUACGUUACUGUUGUUAAUUCAUGUGGAUUUAACAACUAAAAAAACGGAAUUGCGUUACUUUGGUAGAAGUGUUCAAAUAGCAUAG